UAACCGAUUCCCCCGGCCUGAGAAGAGAGGAGCCGAGUGAGCUGCCCGGGCCCGGCGAUGAGUCACCUGAGCGGGGACGGCGGGGCAGUUGGGUCCCUCCUGGAUUUAUGCCUUUACUGCUUAACAGAGAAUAUUUCCAGAUAUGCUGCAGAUAUUAAGCCCUUGCCUCCCAACAUCAAAGAUAAGCUGAUUAAAUCGCUGAGUGUCCAAGGAUGGAUAACUGAUUCAAAUAUUAGUAUGGUUCUGCACCCUGCCGUGGAGGCAUUAGAUCUUCAAGUCUGUGAUAUUUCAGAUAAUGCUCUGCAACAGCUUAGCAACUGCAAGCAACUUAAAAAAAUAAACUUAAAUGUUUGGAAAGAUAAGAGACUAACCGUCACUUCAGAAGGAGUUGCAGCCCUGGCCGCCUCCUGCCCUUAUUUGCGCGAAGCCUCUUUUAAACGAUGCAGCAACCUUACAGACAAUGGAGUCCUUGCCCUAGCACUCAAUUGCCGGCUUCUCCAAAUCGUAAACAUUGGCUGGUGCUCCAGCAUCACAGACACAGCACUGCACGCCCUUGGACAGAACUGCCGGCAUCUUCACAGCGUGGAUUUCUCAUCUACCCAGGUUACUGAUGAUGGUGUUAUAGCACUUGUUGGUGGAACAUGUUCAAAGAAUUUAAAGGAGAUCCACAUGGAACGGUGUGUUAGUCUGACUGACAUAGCUGUGGAAGCUGUCCUGACUUGCUGUCCUCUGAUAUACAUUUUUCUGUUUCAUGGAUGCCCUCUGAUAACAGAUCGUUCCCAAGAAGCCUUGGAACAGCUGGUUGGACCAAACAAAUUUAAGCAAGUUUCGUGGACUGUUUACUAAUUGUCAUGAUUUGUGUAAAGUGGCAGACAGGAGCUAUUUGCUGGCGAGGAUAAAGUUGUUACUGGAAAGACAUAGGUAAAGCAGAAGCCUGUAUCAGUUCCCCGCUGGAGUGAUCUGUCAUCAUCCCAGUAAUUUUCUGUCCAAGAGAUGUAUUAAUGCUCUUGUCGGUGUUAUAUGAAAAACAAGGGCAUUGUAUUCAUUGCAGGGUUUUUUUGCUCCACAUUAUGAGUAAAGGAUGGGGACAUUUUCUUUAAUGUUUGUAGAAGAGCAACACUGGAGAACUCUAAUAAAUGUUUAAAAAUAAUUUGACUGUAUCCAGAGGUGCUCUUCUGCUUAUAGGCUCCUUCCACGAGCAAACGGUGCUUUGUGUUCCAGCAUGAAGUCCUGCACUAGCAAAGGGCCAACAAUAAACGAAGGUAUGCAGUGCAUGGAGUGAGCCAGCAAGGCUUGGAAACUAAUUGGGUUUAAAUGCCUUAUCGGGCAUCCCUUUGAGGACCAAGUAUGUUUCAAAGUAGGUCUUGUAACUGGAGAUGUGUUUUCGUUGUGCUGUGUCUUGUUUUCAAAAUAAAAUCUCUGGCUUUCUUCAAGUUUCAAAUGUCAUUUCUUUCAUUUUAUCAGCAAAAUGGAGUACAGAUGUGUCUGAUUUAAAAAAACCCUACAAUAUGGCUCUAUACAGACACCUGCUGACCAGGAUACUAAGCUUCAGUGACCAUUA